AUGGGGAAGAAGCAACUCUCGGGAGCGCAGAAGAGGAAGAAGAAAAAGGAGAGAGAAGAGGCCGCGAAGGAUACGGAGCGGUUGAAGCUUGGUCCGACGAAGUUGUGGACCGGGUUGGUGGUGCAUCAUAGGGAUGUGUUUGUCUCGCAUGUGAUUUCGAAAUUGAAUGGGACGGAUCGAUAUUUCUUUUCAGAGGUGAAUACAGAGAGUUUGGAUGUACUUAAGUAUGCCGGGGUAGACGUAUCGAAAUUAUGUGUAAAUGUUCACGAAUGUUCAUCCAUUUCGACGUUGGAAUGGGCGUGGAAUCAUUCGAGAUGGGGAGAGGAAGAUGAAGAAGGAAACGUGGUAGAUCAACCCUGGUUUUGCAAGGGAGCUGCUGGAACGAACAAACUCGAGUUGCUCAAGUGGAUACGAGAGAAGAAAAAGUGUGAGUGGAGUGCAGGGACGAUUAAUAGGGCCGCAGAACAUGGUAAUCUGGAAAUGGUCAAGUAUUGCGUUGCAAAUGAGUGUCCUAUCGGUACGGGAGCGUGUGCAAAUGCUGCCGAAAACGGUCAUCUCGCGUGCCUCAAAUACUUACACGAAGAAGUCAAAGCGCCUUGGGACUAUUGGAGCGUAUACCACGCUCACAAGAACAAACAAACCGAAUGUGUACAAUACCUCCUCGGCAACAACUGCCCAUUACCACGCGGUUGGCGAUACGAACAUGGAGUACUACACGCGCAACAAGAGUCGUCGUCGUCAUCAUCAUCAUCAUCAUCAUCAUCGUAG